CCGCCCCUGCCCCACCUUGGCCCCCCAGUGUACCCCCUCCUGCUGACCGCUGUAACCCCAUCUGCUCUCCCCUGACCAGCGCACCCCCAGGCCCCCUCCCAGUCUCCCUGGGUGUCCUGCCCCCUCCCCCCUCGGAUCCCUCUGGGCCGGGGUGCGGUUCUGCCACGUGGAGGUGAGGUCACAGGGGCUGAGGCGGGCGGGACCCUCAGUCCCACCCAAGGGGCCGGAGCCUGAGCAGAGGUGGGGGUCCCGGGGAGCCUGCGGGGGGCAGUGGGGCUCUGCCUGGGGACCGAUGAGGAGCAGGUGGCGGCCGGAGCUGAGGCCCCGGGACCCGUGGGUCCGCUGUGGAGUGUCAGCGCCUGAGGCCGGGCCACGGGGACAGGGAGCCCCGGAGCCUGGGAGCCUGACCUCCGUCUGCGGGGGACAGUGAGCCCCGCAGCCUGACCUCCGUCUGCGGGGGGCGGGGAGCCCCGGAGCCUGACCUCUGUCUGUGGGGAGCCCCGGAGCCUGACCUCCGUCUGCGGGGGGCGGGGAGCCCCGGAGCCUGACCUCCGUCUGCGGGGGGCGGGGAGCCCCGGCGCCUGACCUCUGUCUGUGGGGAGCCCCGGAGCCUGACCUCCGUCUGCGGGGGGCGGGGAGCCCCGGAGCCUGACCUCCGUCUGCGGGGGGCGGGGAGCCCCGUCCUGACCUCCGUCUGGGGGGAGCCCCGGAGCCUGACCUCCGCCUGCGGGGAGCCCCGGGGACCUGCCGCCGGCUGCCAGCGAGCAUGAGCAUGAGCCUGAGCAUGAGCGGGAAGCAUCUGCUGGGGGGCGCCCCCCAGAAGCCGGGACCCCCGCUGCCCCCUGAGCGCCUGCCCAGUCGGCCUGACGCCCAGAGCCAGCCCAGCGCACAGAGCGGCCGCCAGCAGAUGCUGGAGACUCAGGACUGGGUGAGCGAACCCCUGGAGAGCAAGCGCCCCUCCCGCCACUGGAGCCUCAGCAUCGAGGAGCGCAGGCAGCGGGCCCUGCAGGACACCAGGCAGGGCCGCCCCGGCUCCCACGGCCAGGACAUCCUGCAAAUCGUGGCGCGACUGGUGUCUGAGGACGUGGACAGGGAUGUGCUCAUCUUCCACCCGCCCCGGUCGACCGAGUCUACCCACGCCUUCCACGCCUUCCUGACCCGCAGCUCGCCUUUCUGGCACAACAUGACCUCAGCCUGGGCCUCUGGGUGCCCGCCCUCCUGAGCCCACCAGGCCUUUCAGGGGGCCCUCCACACCCCAGGGGCCCGGGCCAGCCCUGCACCGCCCCCCCCCGCCCCACCUACGUGCCCUGCCUACUGCUGGGCUCGCUGGUUCUCUCUGGUUCCCCUGAAAUUAAAUAAUUAAA